AGACUAAUCGAUGGAGAAGGUCGUGAAGCUUUUGGUUCCUUCUCUUUCCUGCUACUACAAGAGCUUCCCUGCGAUCUUUCACCAUUUCAAAUUCUAUUCUCCGAUCACCUCCAUUUCCAUUUCCAUUUCCAACGCAAUUUUGGCCUCGAGAAUUCCUGAUAAUCGCUUCCGCAUAGCCAAAGCUUCGUAUUCAUCCAAUUCUUCACGCUCUAAGAUGGACUUGGAUUUCUUCGCAUUUGGACCUCAUAAGAUACACAAGGAGGAAGUCUUCUACACAUCUGAUCUUUCCUUUGUCAUGGUCAAUCUUCGUCCUGUUGUUCCUGGUAAUGUCCUCGUCUGCCCAAGGCGUGUGGUGAAGCGGGUUCCUGAUCUGACUAACGAGGAGAUAAUUGAUCUAUGGCUUAGUGCCAAGAAGGUUGGCAAGAUGCUUGAGGACUACCACAAAACAACAUCAUUAACCUUUACAAUCCAAGAUGGUCCAGAGGCAGGACAGAGUGUGCCUCAUGUUCACAUCCACAUCCUUCCCAGGAAAGUGGGCGACUUUGAGAGAAAUGACGAUGUAUAUGAUGCUAUUGAUAAGGAGGAGAAGGAACUAAAGAAGAAGCUUGACUUGGAUCAGGAAAGAAAAGACAGGAGUCUCGACGAAAGGACUGACGAAGCAGGUGAAUAUAGGAAACUUCUCAACUAGAUAGAUGUCCAUAACCUACUUUGAUUCAGACCAUUCAUCGUUGCUAUUUGAAUAUUUGAAAUUCAAUGGAUCGCCCUUGAAAGAUGAAUAUGAAACAUGAGACAUUAUCUUCAAUGAUGGUCCGAAAACUAUCAUUAUAAUUUAUAUGCUAUUUUUGUUGUUGCUAUA